AUGGUCGUCACUGAUUGGGAUAUUAACUGCCGCAUCUUGCUUUGGGAUGACAAAGGAUGCGGCGAAUCAACACUUGCCACCGAGCCCUUGUUCAACGUGACAUUAAGUGAGGCAAAGGAAAAGAAACAGGCUUUGUUCGACCCUGACACACAACGAGCAUGUUUCAAGAAUGUGGGCGAGGCGAGUCCAAGUUACGCGUCUUACAUCUGCUUGGGCAAACAGGGUGAUGGUACCGAGAGUGGCAAUGGAAAUGGGACGAGCACCAGGCCUGAAGGGGACCUAGGUGAUGAUGGAGGCUGGUAA